GAUGAACUACAUUUCCCAGCGUGCAACGCAAAACACGUCAUUAGAUUGCGUCGGUGGUUGUUUUAAACGGCUGGAAAAUAACGCGUUGGAAGAAGGUUAAUAAUCCACAGAAAAUGUUUAUGCCAAGAGCCCUGAAAGUAAAGAGACCUGCCCAGGUCUCAAGCCAAGUUCUGAAUAAGAAAAGCAAAGUUGUUCAGGAGGCGAGAAAAGAUGAAGGUAGUUCGACCACACCUGUUCAGCAGGAGGAAGCAUGUGAAGAUACUAAACCACAGGAUGAGACGUUACAAGCAGGUGGAGACUCUGCAAGUUUGACGGAGAGCUCAGUGCAAGAAGAUGAACAUAAGUCUGCCUCAAGUGAUACUGAUGAUGAUGAGGAGGAGGAGGAGGAGGAACCUGUUAAGUCAUUCAGAAAGAGCCAGAGAUGGCCAGAGCCAGGAGAGCCUGUCUGUGUGAUGUGUGGUCGCUACGGGGAGUACAUCUGUGACAGCACUGACAAUGAUGUCUGCAGUCUUGAGUGUAAAGGAAAACACUUGGCCCAAAUGGGGAAGGGAAUUGGGUCAGAUGUGUUUAACCGUAAGGACCAUAAAGCAGAUGAAAGGACUCAGCCUCAGCCAGCAGUUGAUGGUGGAGCAGAUGAAAGUGAGGCAGGCUACUCCUACAAGGAUGACCGGUUCAUAUCAGGCCUAACAGACGAGCAGGUACAGAGGAUAAAACAGGAGCUAGGAAUUGAAACCCAGGGGAGAGAUAUCAGAAGACCCAUCGUUGAGUUUGAACACUGUGGCUUCCCUUCCACUCUGGGUGGGAACCUGAAAAAUGCUGGCUAUGAGGCGCCCACGCCGGUCCAGAUGCAGAUGGUGCCGGUUGGACUCAGUGGCAGAGAUGUAAUCGCCAGCGCUGACACAGGCUCAGGGAAAACUGUAGCCUUCCUCCUGCCAGUGAUAGUGAGGGCGAUGGAGAAACCAGUAUGCAGUGUGAGUAGCCCUGUGGCUGUCAUCCUGACCCCCACCAGAGAGCUGGCCAUUCAGAUAGAGAGACAGGCCCAGGAGCUGGUGAUGGGCCUCCCCAACAUGAGAACUGCACUGCUGGUGGGCGGCAUGCCCCUUCCCCCACAACUCCACCGCCUUAAAAGCAGCAUAAAGAUUAUCAUUGCCACCCCUGGGCGACUCCUUGAGAUCCUGAAGCAGAAGGCAGUGCAGCUGGACAAAGUGAAGGCUGUGGUGGUUGAUGAGGUGGACACUAUGCUGAAGAUGGGCUUCCAACAGCAGGUGCUGGAGAUUUUAGAGCAAGUCCCAGAAGAACACCAAACUCUGCUGGCGUCAGCCACCAUCCCAAAAGGGACGGAGGAGCUGGCUGCCCGACUGGUCCGAGACCCUGUCCGUAUUACUAUUGGAGAGAAGAACCAGCCCUGUGCCAAUGUCAGGCAGAUCUUGCUUUGGGUAGAGGAGCCCUCCAAGAAGAAGAAGCUGUUUGAGAUUCUCAAUGACAGUAAGCUGUACCAGCCUCCAGUGGUGGUGUUUGUAGACUGUAAACUGGGAGCUGAUCUACUGUGUGAGGCGGUCGCCAAGGUGACAGGCUUCAAUACUGUGGCAAUGCACUCUGACAAGAGCCAGUUGCAACGCAACCGCAUCCUCAGGGGUCUUCUGGAUGGAGACUUUGAAGUGGUGAUCAGCACUGGUGUGCUGGGCAGAGGACUGGACUUAGUCAACGUCAGAUUGGUGGUUAACUUUGACAUGCCAAACACAAUGGAUGAGUAUGUCCAUCAGGUGGGCCGGGCAGGUCGACUGGGACACAGAGGAACAGCCAUCACCUUUCUCAACAACAACAACAAACGGCUGUUCCUGGAGGUGGUGAAGCGAGUCAAGCCCACAGGGUCCAUCCUGCCCCCUCAGCUCCUUAAUUCCCCCCAUCUCCAUGAGCAGCAGCGGAGGGAGAAACAAAAGGCCAAGCAGGGUUCUGAUGACACGCUGGUCACCAAGAACAACCUCAUAGACAUUAUAAGGAAACAUGACCGUCGCAAGAAAUAAUCUGAUCAAAUCAUUCCUGCAAUGGUGCUGUCUAUUUAUUUUUGUAAAUUCUAAAUGUAUAUGUUUUAUAUUGUUUAUUGAAAAAAGCAAUGUUAGUUUGAUGUAUUUUGAAUAAAUGACUUGUGUAAUUAA